CGUUCGCCGCGGCGAAAGUUUCGCCCUGGCCACGCCUCCGCCGUUGCGGCGCGCGCUGAAUGGCUGAUUUGACAAAACCGGAAAUUCACUUGCGCCACCUGGUACUUCCUGUCUACGUCAUUUUAACGUCACGGUGUCAUUGGGUGCUCCGGACAUUUAUUGAAUAAGCGAACACGUCUUUUGGCGUUCGGUUGCUGGUGGAAUCUAGCGGGGUAGUUAGGUGGUAGUUUAUAGCAGAGUUUUUGAUGGCGUAGUGCACGUGUAGUUUCCAGGCGAUUGUUGUUGUUCGUUGUUUCCAGGCUGUGUUCCCUUGCGCAAGUGACACGUGUGGGUGGCAGUGCUUUUGAGCAGCGCCAUGAACAACGCACUGCUCGCGUGGUUCCUCGCGCGACGGCGGGAACAACAUACCCGCUCCAGCCGUGACGCCUUCGCCAUGAGGGGAGAAGCGUUUCGGCGCCAUUUCCGGAUGACGAAGAGCGCCGUCCGGCUGCUUUGCAGCGAGCUUGCCCACUUGCUGGAGCCGCCGACCGCGGGGGGCCUGAGCGUUGAGGACCAAGUCCUCUGUACCCUCAGGUUUUUUGCAACUGGCAGCUUCCAGUCGUCAGUCGGCAGUGAGGCGGCCAUCGACAUGUCCCAGCCGUCAGUGAGCCGCUGCAUUGCAAAAGUCGCGCGGGCCAUUGUUCAGGUUGGGAAGGAGCAAGGAUGGGUGGCCUUCCCACGCACCGCCAGCGAGCGAGCUGUAAUUAAGCAAGGAUUCUUGCAGCGCGGCAGGCUCGGCGGCGUGAUUGGGUGCGUUGAUGGCACGUUCAUCGCCAUCGUCGGCCCGAACCUGCCUCCUGCGCAGAAGGCAACGUAUUGGUGCCGGAAGGGCUAUUACGCCCUGAAUGCAAUGGUGGUAAGUUGUAAACGAAAUUGCAUGUAAUGGAACAACAAUUAAUGGACAGCCAUUGGCAUCACCGUAACACAAUUGUCUGCAAUGUGUUUCAGGUGUGUGACUCGGACUUGAGGGUCCUUCAUGUUGACCCGCGAUUCGCUGGGUCGUGCCACGACGCGCACGUGUGGCGGUACGCGUCGCUUCGUCGGCGCAUUGCCAGCGGCCGCAUUGCCGUCCAAGACGGCGAGUACCUUCUCGGCGACAGUGCGUACCCCCUGGAGCCGUGGCUCCUGACACCUGCGCCCGGCCACCCUGCCCCGCACACACCGGAAGGGCGCUACAACGCCGCGCACACUUCCGCAAGGUCAGCGGUGGAGCGCUGCAUCGGAGUCAUGAAGAGCCGAUUCCGAUGUCUGCAGCGGCACCGCGCCUUGCAUUACGGCCCCAAAAAGGCAGCUACGAUUGUGGCAGCCUGUGCGGCGCUGCACAAUCUGUGCAUUGAUGAAAAUGUGCCGCAUACGGGCCGCGCGUACUCCGACGGAGACGACGACGGCGACCGUCCGCACGCCUCAAGCAGCUCAGCAACGCAGGGUGAAGCACCUCGGGCCAGGCGGGCACUGUAUUUGCGCGGGAGGGCGGCACGUGCAAGGCAGAUUGCAAUACUCUCGAUUGCUCGUAAUCGCCACUUGCAGCAUGUACAGAAUGCGGUUUGCCACGCACGUCGCCUGCAACGCUAGGCCGUAGCAGUUUGCCCGUUGCUGCCUCCCCUGGCCGCUCCCAUGUGCAGGCACCUGUCGCCGCCCCCUUCU